AAUAUUAAGAAGUCAAAAUAGCCAUUUGUUGAUUAAAAAUGGAAAAUUGGAAUUCUGAUGAUUGAAUUGAACCAACGACCAUUGUUUUCCAACACCAAAAUUAAGCGCUCAAGAAUCCAAUUUCGUCUGGUGCAGCUCUGAAGAACAACACAACAAUCAGAGGUGGAUCAUCAUCCAUGGCGCUUUCACGACUUCGAAAUCAUCCCGUCAUUUCGCGAGCACCGUCUCUGCUUAGGGCUCGACUCCUUUCCUCCACCUCCACCUCCAGAUCCCUUUCACGCAAUUCCAGAUUGCAGAAUUCUAUUCUUGACGACGGUGGCACUUUGUUAAGGCCAAAAAAAAUUUCUGCAUUCGGUGGAGCUCAUGACCAAUCUAAACUAAAGUUGCUGAGUGGUAUCAGAUGUUACUCGUCUGCAGAACCUCCUGCACAUACAGUUAUUGAAAUGCCAGCUCUGUCACCUACGAUGUCUCAAGGUAACAUAGCUAAGUGGAAGAAGAAAGAAGGAGAUAAGAUAGAAGUGGGUGAUAUCAUAUGUGAAAUUGAGACAGAUAAAGCUACCCUUGAAUUUGAAUGUCUCGAAGAAGGGUUUUUGGCAAAGAUAUUGGUGCCCGACGGUUCUAAGGAUGUGCCUGUUGGACAGCCUAUUGCAAUUACGGUUGAGGAAUUAGACGAUAUAAAAAAUAUCCCUGACAGUGUUCUCGGCGGGGCAGAGGUUAAAGAGACACAGCCAGCCCAAUCUGAUGUGAAAACUGAAGACACUGUAAAGGAGUCAAGUUCCGUGAAAAUUGAUGCAUCUGAACUUCCUCCGCAUGUCUUCGUUGAAAUGCCAGCAUUAUCACCGACGAUGGACCAGGGGAAUAUUGCUAAGUGGAGGAAAAAGGAAGGUGACAAGAUUGAGGUUGGUGAUAUCAUAUGCGAAAUAGAGACCGACAAGGCUACCCUUGAAUUCGAAUGUCUUGAAGAAGGAUACCUUGCAAAGAUACUGGCACCUGAAGGUUCAAAAGAUGUUUUAGUGGGACAACCCAUUGCAAUAACAGUUGAAGAUGCAGCUGAUAUUGAAAUGGUAAAAUCAUCUGUUAGUGGUAAUUUGGCAGCCAAGGAGGCGAAACCAGCUCAGCAUGCGACCCAUGAUGAUAAAGUGAAAGUACAGAGAUCCAGCUUUGCUAGAAUUAGUCCAUCUGCAAAGUUACUAAUCGCAGAACAUGGGUUGGAUGCUUCGUCAAUAAUGGCUUCUGGUCAACGUGGUACUCUCCUGAAAUCGGAUGUUUUGACCGCAAUAAAAUCUGGCACAGGUGCAGCAAAAAGUUCGUCAUCUGAACGUAAAACACCCUCACCAACUCAGCCUCAGACACAUACUUCUUUAUCACUAUCAUCUGAAAUCCAGCAGUCAAAUUCUUACGAGGAUCUGCCAAAUAGCCAAAUUCGUAAGGUGAUUGCAAAAAGGUUGCUCGAAUCAAAACAGAACACACCUCAUUUAUAUUUAUCCUCAGAUGUUAUACUGGAUCCACUUCUAUCUUUUAGAAAGGAACUUAAGGAAAAAUUUGGCGUCAAAGUCUCGGUUAAUGACAUUGUUAUAAAAACUGUGGCAAUCGCAUUGAAAACUGUCCCAAAAGCUAAUGCUUUCUGGGAUGACAAGAAAGGGGAAAUUGUAUUAUGCGAUUCUGUUGAUAUAUCAAUUGCAGUCGCUACUGAGAAGGGACUGAUGACUCCAAUCGUGAGAAAUGCCGACCAUAAAUCCAUAUCAUCUAUUUCCUUGGAGAUCAAGGAACUUGCUGAAAAGGCACGAGCAGGGAAGCUUACGCCAAAUGAGUUCCAAGGUGGCACUUUCAGUAUAUCCAAUUUGGGUAUGUUUCCAGUGGACCAGUUUUGUGCCAUUAUAAAUCCACCUCAGUCCGGCAUUCUUGCUGUUGGUAGGGGCAACCGGAUCGUUGAAGCGGUGUUUGACGAGGAUGGAAUCGAGAAACCUGCUAUCGUUACAAAAAUGAAUGUAACACUAUCUGCUGAUCAUCGCGUUUUUGAUGGCGAAGUUGCAGGUGCUUUCCUCGGAGCGUUAAAAUCAAACUUCAGUGAUAUACGAAGACUACUGAUCUAAGUGAAGAUCGGGUACUCCCAUAAACACCUGGGAUCGGGAUCUCCUAUCAAACAGGCAGUGUAGGUGUGAUUCUUUUGAUAAAUGCAACUGAGCUGCAGCAAAAUGUGUUUUCGCGCUCUAGCUUAUUUGCGAUGUGUACAAUUUUUACUUCCGUUUACGAUCUGUUUGGCCACAAUUUUUGUUUGAUGAUAUCGGCCUAUUUUUUUAGGAGACGGGUCAGUUUAAAAGACUGAUAAUAAUAGGCUCGGCUCGAGCUCGACUGUUAGAGAGAGAGUUUUGAUCAUUUUCUUGAGGUAGGCAAGAAUGUUGCAUCUUUGUAAAAAAAAGUAGAAACAAUGUACAAGAAAAAAAGCAACAGGUGGGAUUGCCUGUGUCUUUGUAAUAAACUGCUUCCCUUGGCU